AUGAAGAUCUUUAAAGAUAUUUUCUCUGGUGACGAGAUGUUCUCGGACACCUACAAGUUCAAACUCGUUGACGGCGUCUUGUACGAGGUAUACGGAAAGCUGAUUACACGAAAAGUGGGCGAUGUGACGCUUGACGGCGCCAAUCCAUCUGCUGAAGAGGCCAGUGAAGACAAUGAUGAGGCCGUAGAAAGCGGUGUGGACGUAGUACUCAAUCAUCGUCUGAUGGAGACAUACGCAUUCCCGGAUAAGAAAUCUUUCACUCUAUACCUUAAAGAGUACAUGAAACGGUUAGUGGACAAGAUGGUCGAGAAUGGUAGUACCGAAGUGGAUGUCUUCAAAACCAAUAUUAACAAAGUUAUGAAAGAUCUGCUCACAAGAUUUAAAGACCUCCAGUUCUUCACAGGUGAAAAUAUGGAUAUCGAGAACGGCAUGGUAGCUAUGCUUGAAUACAGAGACAUUGGUGACGACAAUGUACCAGUGUUGAUGUUGUUCAAACACGGACUUGAGGAAGAAAAAUUUUAAGCAAAUAAAUGGUUUAAUGAUACUGUCAUUUGCAAUAUAUUUGCUUGAACAUGAUUCGCUAUACCAACUAAAUAAGCGAUAUAAAAAUAAUUUUUCGAAACAAA